CGGUGCUGGCGGGAGGAGACUAGAGGCGGCUCUCCGAGGAGCCCGGUGGCUUUCCCAGCCCGAGAGACCCAACUCCUGAGCGGGCUCUUCAGGAGGAAUUGACAACAUGGCUUCCCCACCGCACCAGCAGCUGCUGCAUCACCACAGCACCGAGGUGAGCUGCGACUCCAGCGGGGACAGCAACAGCGUGACGGUGAAAAUCAACCCCAAGCAGCACCAGGGCUGCUCCUCUUCCAAGCACUGCAAGUACAGCAUCUCCUCCAGCUGCAGCUCCGGGGAGUCGGGGGGCACCCGCCGCGCCGGUGGAGGUGGCGGCAGUGUACCUGGCCUCCGGCGGCAGAAGAAGCUGCCUCAGCUCUUCGAGAGGGCCUCUUCCAAGUGGUGGAACCCCAAGUUCGACUCCAACAACCUGGAGGAGGCUUGUAUGGAGAGAUGCUUCCCUCAGACUCAGAGGAGGUUUCGCUAUGCCCUUUUCUACAUCGGUGUGGCCUGCCUUCUCUGGGGCAUUUACUUUGGCAUACACAUGAGAGAGAAACAGAUUGUUUUCAUGGUGCCGGCUCUGUGCUUCCUCUUGGUAUGUGUAGGCUUUUUUGCAUUCACUUUCACCAAGACUUAUGCCCGCCAUUAUGUAUGGACUUCGCUGAUACUCACCCUCCUGGUUUUUGCUUUGACUCUAGCUCCGCAGUUCCAGGCUCUGAAACCUAUCUCAGGAAGUGGUGACAUGUCCAAUCAGACUCCCCCGGCAGAUCCCACAGACACUUGUCUUUCUCAAGUAGGCAGUUUUUCUAUGUGUAUUGAAGUGCUCUUGUUGCUUUACACAGUGAUGCAUUUACCCUUGUAUUUAAGCUUGUUUCUGGGACUGUCGUACUCGGUCCUCUUUGAGACCUUUGGUUAUCACUUCCGUGAUGAGAACUGUUUUGCACCUCCCGGGGCUAGUGCCAUUUACUGGGAGCUGUUGUGUAAAGCCUUCCUGCACAUCUGCAUCCAUGCCAUCGGUAUCCAUUUAUUUAUCAUGUCCGAAGUCAGAUCGAGAAGCACAUUCCUGAAAGUGGGGCAGUCCAUCAUGCAUGGAAAAGACUUAGAAGUGGAAAAAGCCCUGAAAGAGAGGAUGAUUCAUUCUGUUAUGCCAAGAAUAAUAGCCGAUGACUUAAUGAAGCAGGGGGAUGAUGAAAGUGAAAACUCCAUCAAACGUCAUUCCACCUCAAGCCCCAAAAACAGGAAGAAGAAGCCUUCCAUACAGAAAACCCCCAUCAUAUUCCGUCCUUUUAAGAUGCAGCAGAUAGAACAGGUGAGCAUUUUGUUUGCAGAUAUCGUUGGCUUCACGAAAAUGAGUGCAAAUAAAUCUGCCCAUGCUCUGGUGGGGCUCCUGAACGACCUCUUUGGACGUUUUGACCGUCUGUGCGAGGACACUAAAUGUGAGAAGAUAAGCACUUUGGGAGACUGUUACUACUGCGUAGCUGGCUGCCCGGAGCCCCGGGCAGAUCAUGCUUACUGCUGUAUCGAGAUGGGCUUAGGAAUGAUUAAAGCCAUUGAGCAGUUUUGCCAAGAGAAAAAAGAAAUGGUGAACAUGCGUGUCGGUGUUCAUACUGGGACAGUCCUGUGUGGCAUUUUGGGAAUGAGGAGAUUCAAGUUCGAUGUGUGGUCCAAUGAUGUCAAUCUGGCCAAUCUGAUGGAGCAGCUCGGGGUUGCUGGAAAAGUCCAUAUUUCGGAAGCUACUGCGAAAUACUUGGAUGAUCGUUAUGAAAUGGAGGAUGGAAAGGUGAUCGAGCGAGUUGGUCAGAGCGUGGUAGCUGACCAGUUAAAAGGUUUGAAGACCUAUCUGAUCUCUGGUCAGAAGGUGAAGGAGCCCCACUGCAGCUGUUCACAAACAUUGCUUCCUGGCUUGGAGUCUGGAGACGGAGCCAGGAUACAGGGAACAUCAUCAGCCGAGAAUGCCAGUGACUUGACAAAGACUCUCAAGCAUGCGGAAAAACCUAAGCCUUGCCCUUCAUGUAGUACCACCCUUACUCCCCACUGUGAUGUCAGCAUAGAGGAAGGAGCUAUCCAAAAUGGUUGUCAGGAUGAGCAUAAAAACAGUACAAAGGGUCCAGGAGGACACAGUCCAAAGACUCAAAAUGGACUUUUGAGUCCUCCACAGGAAGAAAAGCUCAGCAAUAGUCAAACCUCGCUUUAUGAAAUGUUGCAGGAGAAAGGAAGAUGGGGCGGAGUGAGUCUGGAUCAGUCAGCUCUUCUUCCUUUGAGGUUCAAAAACAUCAGAGAGAAAACAGAUGCUCACUUUGUGGAUGUGAUUAAAGAAGACAGCCUCAUGAAAGACUAUUUCUUUAAACCACCAAUUAACAAGCUGAGCCUGAACUUCUUGGAUAAGGAUUUGGAGAUGGCCUACAGAACGAGCUAUCAGGAAGAGGUUAUAAGGAAUGCUCCAGUGAAGACGUUUGCCAGCGCUACCUUCAGCUCACUCCUGGAUGUGUUCCUCUCUACCACAGUCUUCCUUAUACUCUCUAUCACGUGUUUCCUGAAACACGGGAUGGUCGCAUCCCCUCCACCACCUGGAGCAGUUGUGGUGUUCAUCAUCGCCAUCCUGCUAGAGGUGCUGUCCCUUGUCAUCUCAAUUAGAAUGGCGUUCUUUCUGGAGGAGGUGAUGACUUGCACCAAGCGUCUCCUGGAGGUGAUAUCUGGCUGGCUGCCUCGACAUUUUUUAGGUGCAAUCCUGGUUUCUCUCCCAGCUCUUGCAGUUUUUUCACACUUCACCUCUGAUUUUGAAACAAAUAUACACUACACCAUGUUUAUGUGUUGCGCGAUUCUCAUCGCCAUUGUGCAGUACUGUAACUUCUGCCAGCUUAGCUCCUGGAUGCGAUCUCUGCUGGCAACUGUAGUAGGAGCAGUGCUACUCAUUCUGCUCUACAUCUCCUUGUGUCCAGACAGCUCCAUGGAAACUUUUCAUCUAGAUUUGCCACAGAAUUUUAGCUCCAGAAAAAGUCCGUGCAACAGUUCGGUGCCAAACGACAUGAAGAGGCCAGCAGACCUGAUCGGCCAAGAAGUGGUUUUGGUUUCCUUCCUUCUGCUCCUCCUGGUCUGGUUUCUGAAUCGAGAGUUUGAGGUCAGUUACCGUCUCCACUACCACGGAGAUGUGGAGGCUGACCUUCAUCGCACCAAAAUUCAGAGCAUGAGGGAUCAAGCAGACUGGUUGCUGAGGAAUAUUAUUCCAUACCACGUGGCUGAGCAGUUGAAGGUUUCCCAGAGCUAUUCCAAAAACCAUGACAGUGGCGGAGUAAUCUUUGCAAGUAUUGUGAACUUCAGCGAGUUCUAUGAAGAGAACUAUGAAGGAGGCAAAGAGUGCUACAGAGUCUUGAAUGAAUUGAUUGGGGAUUUUGAUGAGCUGCUGAGCAAACCACAUUACAGCAGCAUUGAGAAAAUCAAAACAAUUGGGGCAACCUAUAUGGCUGCUUCAGGACUGAACACCUCUCAGUGUCAGGACAACAACCAUCCCCACGGACAUUUGCAAACCCUUUUUGAAUUUGCCAAAGAAAUGAUGCGAGUGGUGGAUGACUUCAACAACAACAUGCUGUGGUUUAAUUUUAAACUUCGUAUUGGCUUUAACCACGGCCCCCUCACUGCUGGGGUCAUUGGCACCACCAAGUUGUUGUAUGACAUUUGGGGUGACACUGUGAACAUUGCUAGCAGAAUGGACACCACUGGCGUCGAGUGUCGUAUACAGGUGAGUGAGGAGAGCUACCGCAUCCUAAACAAGAUGGGGUAUGACUUUGACUAUCGGGGGACAGUCAAUGUGAAGGGGAAAGGUCAGAUGAAGACCUACCUUUACCCAAAAUGCAUGGACAAUGGGAUUGUGCCACAUCACCAGUUGUCUAUAUCUCCAGACAUUCGGGUUCAAGUGGAUGGCAGCAUCGGGCGAUCUCCAACGGAUGAGAUUGCCAACCUGGUGCCUUCUGUACAGAAUUCUGAUAAGGUAGCCCAUGGCACAGAUAACUCAGAAACCAAGGACAUUCUUCCUUCCGCCAAGAAGCUCCAGAAAGAUGCUGUGACAGCAGAGGAGAGGUGCAGGUUUGGCAAAGCUGCAGAGAAGACUGACUGCGAGGAAGCGGGAACUGAGGAGAUCAAUGAACUGACAAAGCUAAAUAUCUCUAAGAGUGUAUGAUGCACUGUCAGAGUUGCAUGAAGUGCUCUGUCAAUAGAAACACAAAGACUCUUGCAA